GGCGAAUGGUCCAAUCUCGCAGCACUUUUCCCUACGCAUUCCCCCCCCAAAGUCCCCAAAGUCCCUCUCCGCCUCAUAAUCUUCAAUCUUUUAUUAUUUCAAUCCGUUUGCCUUUCCUCCCGACCGUGCGAACACACACACCCACCCGACAUUCUUCUCAUUUUAUACUUGCUUUCGCUCUUGGCUUCUCAUUGCUAUUAAAGCGCAUCAAUUCUACAUUGCGCUUUUUUUGCGCUGAUUGAAACGCGAAUAGUAAAAUUGACCGAAAGUCUAGUACCCUAAGUGCUAGGUAGCAAGCCUAGACUGCCUAGUACUCAGUUCAAAAAGUCGGUACGAGCGCUGGUUGCUGGUUGCUGGCUGCUGGCUGCUGUUCCUACGCGAUCUACGCCCAAAACAACGCGCUCCCAUUUUCCCUUGUUUACAACUUUCCGACUUCUUCCACUUCCGAUAUCUCUUUUAUACCCACAAAGGGACCUUGCUUAACGCGUUGCCACUCUUAUCAACUCCGAAACAUCAUUGCUUUAAUGUCAUAAUAAUUGAGCGCUUAUCUGCGAAAUCUAUAUUGCUCCAUUUAUCAUCUUGACAUACUACCCUAACACCUGACACUUUACACUACUGCUGUUUCAUACCUUCCUCUCAUCGCUGUCGCGAUGUUCUACUCUGAGACUUUGCUGCAGAAGACGGGGCCUCUGGCUCGUGUCUGGCUGUCGGCAAAUUUAGAGCGCAAGCUCUCUAAAACACACAUCCUCCAGUCAAACCUGCCUGACAGUGUCGAUGCCAUAAUCACUCCUAACCAAGCGCCGAUGGCGCUCCGCCUUAGUGGUCAGCUCUUGCUUGGUGUCGUCAGGAUAUACAGCAGGAAAGCUCGCUAUCUUUUGGAUGAUUGCAAUGAAGCCUUGUUGAAGAUUAAAAUGGCUUUUCGUUCCACGGGAAACAAUGACAUCCCCGAGAAUUUAAACAUGCCCAAUCGGGAGGCAUUGAUGCUUCCUGAUCGUAUUACGCCCGCUGAUAAUCUAAAUAUCUUACCACCGCCCGACGCCAACUGGCUGCUCGGUCAAAUGGAGGAUAUAAAUGCUACUCCUAAUAGCUCCGGUACUCGGGGCCGCGGUCGACCAAGCAAUCGCGAUAUCAACUUGCAGGAAGACUUCAACAACAGUCAGUUCUUGCACGACGACAACAUGGACGAGGACGAAGUAGCACUUGAUCCUAUGGAUGACGUAGAAUUAAUCUUGGAUUUUGGGAUGGAUAUCGACGAACGACCGCGAAAGGACAUGAGCAUUGAAAUGGGACGAGAUGCGCCAGCGGCUCGAGCAGUCGAGGAUGAUAUUUUCAGUGAACUUGACAUUGCACCUCCAGCAAAAGGCGCCGAGCCUGAGCCGUCGUUAGCCCUCGACUUUGGGGACGACAACGUGAGAAUUGCGGACGGAGAUGGUGAUAUCCCCAUGGAUGAUGAUUUCCAAUUCAACAUUGGUGAUCAGUCAGCAGUGCCUGAGAUGGGUGGUGCCCCUGGUCUCGAUCGGGCGCGCAUCUCGGAAUCCCCACUCUCGGAUAUCGAUGAAACGAUAGCACGGGACGUGGAGGAGUGGACACGCCUCAACAAUACUAGUAUUUAUGAACCAGGCCAAGAGCCCGAAGAGCCUGAACCGCUUCCCCAGAAGAAGUCUAAAAGGCGUAGAGUCUUCGGUCUAGACGAGUCUACUCAACUUACCAGCGCACACAUGAAAGAACAACAACAAAACCACAAGAAUAUCCUUAAGGCGCCCAGCUUCGUUUCGCGAGAUCCCUAUUUUCUAGCUCUUGUUGAGUUAAGAAACAGCGGCAGUUUCGUCUCUAGCAUUAUGGGGGAUGGACGAAGCAAAGCUUGGGCACCUGAACUAAGGGGCCUGUUAUCACUUGAAGCGAUUAGACCAGUCAAUGAUCUUAAGCGUAAAAGGGAUAGUGGAGUUGCUGAUGUUGGGGAAGAAGAGGAACAAGGAGCAUCUAAAUCGCCUCGCUUAGAUCUCGGCGAGGAAGAUGAUGGAUUAGUUAUGCCUGAUGCAGGGUUGGGCGAGCGAAGCGUUGCUCCUGAUGGUACUAUUAUUGAGAUCGCCGCCGAUGACCCGAUUAUGCACCUCGACGAUGAUGAUCAACCCCGCGAAGGCAGCCCAAUGCCUGCGUUUGAUGAAACUACAGCUCCUAUAGUACACCCUGCGGAAAGUGGCCCAGUCUCGUUAGGCACAAAGCACGCGGUCCACGUCCUCCGGGAUCUGUUCGGAUCUGAAGCGGCUACCAAUGAAGAGAAGCGGAAGAAAUCGGUGGUAUUCCAGGACCUCCUCCCUGAAGCGAGAACAUCAAAAGCAGACGCCACGAAAAUGUUCUUUGAAUGUUUGGUGCUCGCAACCAAGGAUGCCAUUAAAGUUGAGCAAAAAGAGGGUGCCCUUGGUGCUCCCAUCAGAGUCAGGGGAAAACGUGGAUUAUGGGGAGCAUGGGCCGAGACCGAAGCCGGUGGAGAGAUCGCCAACCAGGAAAACCAAUCAUCGCAACCCGGGCAACCCGAGCCUGCAAUUGCAACACCUUCUCGAGCUGUGGCUGCUGCAGCUUAAUUUUCUCAUCGCUCGGCGGCUAGGUUGGGUGCGAUGGUAAGACGAAGUAAUGGCUUCAUGUAUAAACUUCUCUGCACUUGCUGGGAUAUUCCCGUCGGGUUCUUCAUUAUAUGGUCUACAGGGUGUCAUGGCGUACGGGGGGUUCAAGGAGGUAGGAAGAUACCAACAACUUGCGGGGUAUACUGGCCGUUAAAAUCACGAUUUGGUUUCAAGAAGGGUUCGUUGCAUUUCUGUUUGUGUAUCGAGCUCCUUGGAUGAUUAUUUUCAAAGGAAGCCUGAUACAUCAUCAGUCAAUGUUGUGAAGUAAUGCAUUAUUUGAGAUUAUCCUCUAUCCUCUAAGAGAAUAAGAGAAUCCAUGCUAGUAUAUAUUCUUCAUGUUGUCUUUCCAUCUGAUUCCGAUUGCUACAUAGUACUAGGGGUGGUGAAUGAUCUGUCAAUGAUGAUCUAUGUAGCAUACCUAGGUACUGUAGGUAGACAGCUACAUACCUAUACAUAGCACGGCGUAGUAUAAAUGUAUAAGAAUGCUAACCUUAGAAAUAUUCCCAGGUUAAAACAGUC